UAUAAAAUCGAUAUUGCCAUCGAAAUAAACUGCUGCCAAUUGUUGAGGCUUGUCUUUAGAUUCGUAUUUUUUUUUUUGUAAUAAAUUUUUUGCGUACGCACACGCAAUAGAUUAAUGAAACGCAAUUAAAGUUUGGGUGUGCUGGUGCAAAUGGAUCAGUUCUCGCACGACUUGACCCUCGCCCUGGAGGAGACCUCGCUUAUGGACAGGGCGUGCGGCGUCGGUAGGUGGGGCUCGCGUCGAAGAACUCGAUCAACGGGUAAUUUGCCUUGUGCGCCGCAACCCACAGAAGAUUCGUCGAGCAGCCCCACAGACACAUUGAAUAAUGCACACGGACACGGCCACGGGGCACAUUCGAACACCAACGCGAACGUCGAUGGUCUGGAUGCUCACACACACAUUGACAUGCUGCCGGCGAGUGAUUCCGAUGAGAAGGCAGAGGCAAUGCUGCCCUUGCGUCUUCCCGGCAAAGCUCUCAAUGCGGCAGCUGCCGUUCGCAUGGGAAUAGGCGCCCUCGAGUCGGACUCGUUGAACGAGACCAACUUCAGUCCAGCUCGCUUUUACAAGCCGAAUUCACGGCGGAAACGAAAGAUAAAGCGCAUGUCCAUGGAGUUUGAGUUCAGUAAAGACAGCAAUCUAGCUGUGUCGCCUCAUAGCUUCACAGAGUCACCACUGCAUCCAAGCAUGCUUGGUGGCUGCACGGGCAGCAUCUCCGGCACGGGUACCGUGCGCAAGCGUCUGCUGAAAGCGGAGAGUGGAAAUCGCUCAAAUUUAUUCUUUUGCGGAAAACGCAAGCGUUCCAAUCGUGAUCGCUAUCACGAAUUCGACCAGGAUGCUGACAAUGCGCGUGACGGCGGCGGCUGCGCCAUCUCCAGCAAUUUACAUUCAUCGAGCAUGCCACGUUACACGCACAUGGAAGAGUACCAUCGAAUGCGUCCCCGCAGUUAUUCAUCCACAUCGAAGCCGCAUAGUGAGCGCCUGUUGCCGCUCAACAAGGGGCUGCUCUCCAAAAUAAAUCGCAUUGCGCAAAACCAAACGCAAACGCAACAAGCUCAAAAGACUGACAACACAUCGAACAUGGAGGAGUGCCUGGAACAGGAGCAGGCGGAGGCUCAGGUGCUGCCUCAAUCAACAGCGGUCAAGCAGCAGCAGCAGCAGCUGGACCUGAAAGAGAGUGCAGCCAGUGCCGCUGGCCUUGGUGGCUUUAGCAUGGAAACACUUGUGCCUGUCAGCGACAUAGAGACGCUGCUGAAUCACUCAGACAAAAUGCCGCUGCAGCUGUCUGUGGACAGCGCAAUCACAGAUUAUAAUCAUGUGCAUCGUAAGAAGUCGCACUAUGGCCAUAUACACGGCAGCACCUCGACGACGAAGGCGCAUCGCAGACGCCGCUUUUGCCAAACGCCGCAAUCGCUGCAGGUGCAGUCGAUGGACUGCAGUGAGCUCUACGAUUUUCUUAGCUCUAGUUCGCUGAGUUCCUCGUCGGACAGCGAUGAUGGCCAUCGGCUGCACGAUACAGAUCGCGAGGGUGAUGACGAACUGACCGAUUGGCCUGGCAAUGAAUUCGGCCCCGGCGGCAAAUACGAUCCCAAGCGUAAGCUGACCAAGAAAUCGCUGUUACCCCAAAUACGCUCCGACGAUACGAUUGGCGAGGACGAUACGCUUAUGUCCGGCACGGAGGCCACAGCGUCAAUGCCUUUUACUGAUAGCUACGGCGGCGGCGGCACUUCGCAGUCGCCUCCACUGUCAGAUGCUUUGCAGGAUUUGUCACGCUUUCAGCUGGCCGCCAGCUCAGAACCGAUUGAGAUCAGUGGCGGAGGCGCCAAUCGCAGCGUUGGCUUCAUUGACGUCAACAUCUGCAUGGACACGGAGCGCAGUAUGAACGGCAUGCCAGCAAUUGUGAAGCAGAUCGAGAGCGAGAUGUCGGGUGAGACAUCGAAUCCAUUCCUCUCCUCGUCGCCGCCCAUGCAAAUGCUGGAGGUGCGCGAGAUACGCGCCGGCUGCCGGCGCAUCAACGGCGAUCGACCAGGUUUCAGCAUAAAAUUAAGCGUCAACGAGCGACUCGCGCGCUUCCUGCAGGAUCCGCGUCAGACUCAAAUCCGUUUGCCCGAUAUUGAGAUCUACGAACAGGAUAGCCUGCUCAACCUGGCCACGCUCUACUCGCUCAACAUGGUCGUUGAAAAUGGCUGCACAGUGCUAACAAAGACCAGUUGCUUUCUAUACGGCAGAAACACAACACAAUCGGUGCACAUCGAUCCACAGCGCAACCUGCAGCAACGUCCGGACUUAUUUAGCGACUUCAAGCGGCGCUGCUACGGCGGAGAUGCAGCGGAAGACACUGCACCCACAUCCGUGACGACGACCGCAGCCAAUGCCAAUGUGAGCACUGCCGCCAUGCCAGCUACCGAGAUGCUGCCCAAGAAGUGAAAAAAUAAUCAACAACAAAAAAGAUGAAGAAAAACAAGGAUCAAAAACAGAAUUUAAUACAAUUAGCAGAGCAGGCGACAAUUGGAUGGACGGCAUGGCAACUGGAAGCCACUAGCUGCUCUGGGUACCACAAGAUGCUCCAAUCUGAAGGCUAAUCCUAAAGCAAUUUGCCUGAGGUUUCGGGGCUGGGCGCCUGUGCAACUCUUUAUUUUCAGCCUAUUUAUUAAGCUUUUAAUGCGUUUCGUCUAGUGUCGCUUUUUACAAGUUUUCAAUGUACAUCGGUCUAUGUAUAUAACUUUAUAUAUAUAUCAGUUAAUAUAUGUAUAUAUAUGUAUAAAUAU